AUGGAGGGCGCCGCCCAGCUCCUGACUGACGGAUUCGCCGGCUCCCCGCUCCUCGGGGAAGAGAGGAAGAAAGGCGAAGGAGAAGGGGCACAAGGUAGAGACGAGCUCCUGUUGAGGCGGCCGGGCUCGGUGUGGGCUGGUUCAUCCGGAUCGAGCCCUUCCUGCCCGGGCGUCUCCAUCGCCAUGGACGGCCUGCACAGCGCCGACGCCUGCUUCUCUCUUGGGAGGGCCAUGUCGCCUCAGGUCCGGCCCCCCAUCGGCCCGCCGGACGUAGGCAGGUAA